AUGCCAAUACGACAUAAAGAGAGCAAGCUCCGCUCGCUUCAGGACGAUCUACGCAAGUUCAAGUUAGCCUCCAGGAAGUUCCAGAGCGACAAUAAUGUCACGAUUUUCGACCGGUACCCGUCAGUAAAGGCGUACCUGGACGCUGAGGCCACCACCAUGAAGAGUCCCGCCUUCGGAAAGCACGGCCUGCUCAAGAAUUUGCACACUCCGCUGCCCACCAUGCUACCAACGAAAGACAAAGAUGAUGGCGGUAGCGGUUUGAUGAUCGCGUGA